UCCAUUGUGAUUGCUUUCGGAAUAAGUUAAAAUUGAUGCAUAUUUAUAUUUAUUAGAUUUUUUUUUUAAGUGUUUCUGAGUUUUUUUCCAACUUUUUUAAACAAUGGCAGAGAGAGAUGGUGAAAGGAAAGUGCGUGUCUACAGAAGUGUUUCUUUUAAAAAACUGGAAAACUGGAAUGCUAAAUCCUUUGGAGGGGAGGGAGGCACACAGCUGCCCAGGGAAGGAGAUGUCACCCAGCCCACAUGUCAGAAAGCGCAUCGGUCUCCUGCCAGAUCCCUCAGUUUGUCUAGGAAAGUUUCCAAAAUUUCAGCAGCCAGCAAAGCCCAGCGUAUCCCCAGCACUUCAGUAAAUGAGAUUUCUCAGCGGUUCUCUUCACGCUGUAGGGAUGAGGAGGCACAAAGCGAUGAUGAAAGUUCAAGGCGGUUGGACUAUCUGAAAGGGGGUUGUCGAGGAGAAUAUUUGAAGACCACUACACUAGACUUUCCUGCACAAAAGGACCAACCUAGGAAUGUGGCAGUGCCCCCAGCUGGGUGUGAUGGCCUGUCCCUGGCUCUGCCAGGUAAGUCUGCUGAUUUGUGUGUUUCUGUCAAACAAAGGGGAGCUAGUCGAUCAGGGACCUUAUUAGAUGAAGUGACUUUGAACUCUUACUGUAGUUUGCUGAAUCACCCGGAUAACCGUGAAGUGAUUGGGGUGGAAGGAGGUAACUGGCCUAGUGUUACAGAAAUGAGGAAACUUUUCGGGGAGAGCAAUAGAAAACAGCCUAACAGGGCAUCCUCUCUGCCAGAUUACGAUGAGUCAAAAGUAUCAGCCCAGACAAUGAGAGAGCCAUCAGUAACUGCUAUUACAGAGCCACACAGACAUUGCCCUGUAGAAAGUACAUUUGCAAAAAACUUUAACCUUUAUGCCAAAGAUAAUACAUCUGCCGCUUGCUACAGAACACAUCCAUCUUCACGGGUGGAAAGCACCUACUGUAGAGGAAUACCGGCAGCUGAUAGCACAGCAUGUAUUGAUACAGAAGAGCAAAAGUUUAAUACUGGCCCCAAACCUCAGCCCCCUCCGCCCCCUCCCAGAAGUUGUAUACCAUUUGGUCUGAGAGCACACACACUUGUUUCAAGUCUACCUAAACAAGAGUCAAGACAGCAACCAGAUAGUUUACAUUCUUUGCAUAGUUCAGGCAAACCACAGACUGCCCCCUCCAAUGUCAGACUCAAAGACAGCUCUAAGGAAGAACUAUACAGCAGAGAUUUCCAGUUGCCUAGCACUGCAAACAAGAAUGGUUCGAAAGUCACAUCCCCGGAAAUGUCCUCAGGAAGUGAAGAGGAAAAUGAUCUUGUAGCCCUCAGGGAAAGUGUUAGGAAGAGAUCUUUAAGAAAGAAAAAGAAAGAUAUUGUCAGCUUUAAUAAUAAAGAAUCAGAUGAUAGCGACAGGCACAGUAAAGUUGAUACAACAAUAGAAAAUAAAAUGGCCUUUGAGUCUAAGUAUUCAGAUAUUAUGCCACAAAAAUGUAAUCUCGGAUUGAUAUCAGGUUCACCAACUAUGGGACUUAAAAGUGGUGUUUCCUUAACACAUAAUACAGAAAUGUUCCUUGCUGAAUCAAAAGAAACACCUAUGGGCUUCCCUAAUAACAUUCAGCUUGAAGAAAAUAAGCAACAAAUCAGAGCUUGGCCUGAAGGGACACCACCAGCCUGUGCAGGUCAUUUAACCACAGUGUCACCUAUUCCAGUUGUCUCUCGGGUUGCAAAAGUUAACAUUCCUCCUAUUAUUCCUAGUCCCUGUGGAUCCAGAAACAGCAGCAGAUACUCUAGCACUGAAACACUAAAGGAAGAUGACCACUGUGGCUCCUAUUUUGCUGGGCAUAGUCGAAACAUCCAGGGAGGCUUCAAUAUCUACAGAUCACCAAGCGUAGGGCAAAGUGACAACAUAGCAAGGCAAUAUGGCCGUACCAAAGCAAAAGUACCUAUUCAUUUUGUGAAGGUAAAAAACACACCUGAAGUUGCACAUUUUUCUGAUCUUGAAAGUGAAAAUGCAAAGCAGAAAAAGUCAAUGUCAAAUCCCGAUAUAGCAUCUGAAACACUCUCACUGCUUAACUUUAUAAAAUCUGAUCUUCCAGAAUUAAAAAUGAGGACCAGAGGUAAUAGUGUCAGUGAAAAAGAAAUUGCAAAUGCUACUCAUGAAUCUUACCAGGGAAGUGUUGGACGCCAGAACGUGCCUGGUAAAAGUAGGCCUUUAUUGCAGAACCAGAAUAGGUUGCAGCAAGGUAAUCGCCCAACGUUGAAAGACCUUACUGCAACUCUUCGGCGUACAAAAUCGUUUACAUAUUCCGAUAAACCAGGGUCAAGGCGAAUUAUAAACCAGGGUUGCAUGAAGCAGAGCUCAUCAGAACUUAUGCUUUCAAGCACAGGAGACAAUGAUGUCAUGAUUUCAGACCACAAAGUAGAUAACUGUGUAGAACUGAAAGAGGAAAUAUUUUCAUCCGAUGUCACCCAAGACCAAUAUAUUCAGGAAGCAAGACAGGUCUUUGAGAAAAUAAGCCAGAUUGGUUCUCAGGAACACUAUAGCUUUGACCAGGAUGAUACUGAGCAUUUGAAAGCUGAAAAGGCAUAUACUGGUUUUCAGAAGGAUGACAGUGUUCCACUUUUGCAGAACAAUAAUUGUUUGUUGCUAAGAAAGUCAGAAUCGGAAGAAAACAUGUCAUGUAGAAAGUCAUUGGAGGAAUUAUCUGGUCAUGAGUCUAGUAUGACGGAUGAAGGGAUUGUAACAGAACUUGACACUGUUCCCAGUCCAUCUUCAUACAGAGACCUAGGGCAAACACUGACUGUAUGGAAAUCACCAGGUAUUGCCCAAGAAGAAAAGGAUCUGCCCCAUGCAAACAAUAGAGAAGCCCCUCUAAUACCAUCCAGAGUAAUGGUUGGUUUGGAAAGUGACACAAGUGAUGCAACAGCUAAUAGAGGUUAUUCUCAAGGGCCACUUGAUGCUCCUCCUACCCCUGGAUCUACACGGAGAAGGAGGAAGUUUCCUUCAGUGAGCAGUAACAGCACUGACUCUAGCUUUGGGAGCAAUGGUGAGUCAGGGAGUGAAACCUAUAGGUCCCUGAGUGAUCCUAUGCCCCAUAGAACCUACUCAGUUACUGAAGAACCAAAAAAAGUUUCUGUUGAUAGCAAUCUUCUUGGAUCAUUAAAUUCUAAGUCUGGAAUCCCAGAGUCCUCAGCCAUGGUCUCCUCUGAUUGCACUGGUAGUGCAGCCAGUGUCCUAUCUUUUUGUAGUGAUGGAGUUAAAGAUUACAACACUGUUAUUCAAAAUAUAGUUAGCCAACCGGGAGCUCUAGAUAAAGUGAUUGAUGAAAAAGGAAAUGGAAAGACCAUAAAGAAAAAGUCUUUCAGUGACCCUAGUCGCAGAGGAGAGUUGUCUCCCACAGGCUUUGAUGAACCUGGGGAGGCCAUAAAAGAAAAUGAACAGCCUAUUCUGUCUUCCAGCAGUGAACCUAUAUUGUCUGAGCAAAGAGAUGAGUUGGGUGAACUUGAGGAAUUAGAUGAAGAAGUUGUAAAUCUACACUCCCAAUCGGAAAAUAUUUUUACACUAGAGACAGAUGAAAAUGGGAUAGAAAACCAAAACUUCAGCUUUGAUCCAAAACUUUCAGAGGUAUUAUCUCCAAGGACAGUUAGACGCAGUUUUAAAAAACGCACAAAUAGGACAGGUUAUCAGGAAAGUAAAAAAGAAUGUGAAUACCCCACGGAUGCACUUGGGAAGGGUAAAGUGGCAAACAAGCAUGUACGACACACAAGUGAGCCUGCUUCAUUUAUCCCAAUCACAUCCCCAGAACCUACGGUGUCCGGUCACCCAGGAAUUCAAAUAGCCAUUCCAGAGUCUGCAAAGCUGCCUGUGAAACCCUGCCCAAUUCUACAAGGCCCCUUAUUAGAAGAUGUAUCAAAACACUAUAUGGCCAACCUCAGUACUGGUGACCCUAAUGUCUUUGGCACUGUGGAUAUGCCAAGAACAGCACCAAGCACACCAACAACGGCUGAACCCAAGUUAUUUAAAGCUCCAAAACCUCUUGAGGAGGUCAGUGCCAGCAUUCGAAGCAAGCCGUUUGUGGAUAUGAGAAAACAUGUCUUCAUGACACUACUGGAUACAGAGCAGUCCUACGUAGAGUCUUUGCGCACACUGAUGGAGGGUUACAUGAAGCCACUGAAACUGCCGGAGAACUCCUUCCUAUGUGACCCGUCCCUGGUAGAUGAAAUCUUUGACCAGAUUCCAGAACUUCUUGAGCAUCAUGAACAAUUUUUGGAGCAGGUCCAUCACUGCAUUCAGAACUGGCAGGAGAUCCAGACUGUGGGAGACAUUCUGGGCGAGUCUUUUUCCAAAGAAAUCCUGGUGAAUAUAUACUCUGCCUACAUUGACAACUUUCUCAAUGCUAAAGAUGCGGUGAGAGUGGCAAAGGAGGCUAGGCCGGCUUUUCUGAAGUUUCUAGAGCAAUGCACAAGAGAAAAUAAGGAAAAACAAGCGCUAUCGGAUCUAAUGAUUAAGCCCGUACAGAGAAUCCCUCGAUAUGAGCUGAUUGUGAAGGAUCUGCUGAAACACACAGCUGAAGACCACCCAGACUACCCAUGCUUACUGGAUGCCCAGAGAAAUAUCAAACAGCUGGCAGAGAGAAUAAACAAGGGAGUACGCAGCGCAGAGGAGGCCGAAAGGGAUACCAGGAUCCUACAGGAGAUAGAAUCGCACAUCGAAGGCAUGGAGGAUCUCCAGGUUCCAUUCCGGAGAUUUGUGCGCCAAGAAAUGGUGGUUGAAGUGAAAGCUGUUGGUGGAAAGAAGGAUCGCUCACUUUUCCUCUUCACUGAUCUGCUGAUUUGUACAACCCUCAAGCGGAAGUCAGGGUCACUACGGCGUAGCUCCAUGAGUCUGUAUACAGCAGCAAGCGUCAUUGAUAUAGCAAGCAAGUACAAACUGCUCUGGAAAUUCCCACUGGAGGAUGUGGAUAUUGUCAAAGGGACGUCACAGACAUCGAACAGGGACAGCAUUCAGAAAACCAUCUCCAGGCUGGAUGAAGAUCUGAGCACCAUGGGACAAAUUAGCAAACUGUCUGAGACCCUCAGCUUUCCACAUCAGAGCCUGGAUGAUGUUAUCAAAGACAUGAUGGCCACCGUACAUCGGGAGCUGGCGGAGAAGCAGUCCCUCGCGUUCACCAUGUCCUUUCCACCUAACAAAGUGGAGCUCACCACCACCAAGGCAGAUGGCACUGAGUCCUUUAUCUUUGAAUUCAGCACCCCAGAUGCCCGGCAGCACUUUGAACAAUCGUUUGAGGAAGCAAAGAAGAAACUGGCAUCCAGCAAAAAUCGUCUGGACCCAGAGUUCCUGAAGGCGAUUCCCAUCAUGAAGACGAGGAGCGGAAUGCAGUUCUCGUGUGCAUCUCCCAGUAUCAGUAGUACAGAUAACGUGCACGAGGUGUGGGUGUGUAAUAGCGACGGCUACGUGGGUCAGGUUUGCCUGCUCAGCAUCAGGAAUGAGCCCACGGUAGAAGCCUGCAUCGCGGUCUGUUCAGCACGGAUCUUGUGCAUCGCUUCUGUGCCCGGCCUGAAGAGGAGCUACAGAGAGAGGAGCACCACUCUGGUGAGUCAGAACUCAGAGGUGCUCCCCUCCACCCUUGACGACUCCAAUUCUCAGCAGUGCCUUCAUAUCUCCAUCUCCUCGCUGGAGCUCUUUGAGCAUGCGGACAAUGCCAGCCGUGAUCUUGUGCCCUUUGACAGUGACGAUACAGAUGACGAGUCAUCACCCAGCCCCUCUGGGACACUCCAGAGCCAAGCCAGCCGAUCUACCAUAUCCUCCAGCUUUAGAGAUGAAGAGAUGCCAAGUGCCAAAGACACAACGACUGAGACGACCAGCUCAGAGGAGGAGCAGGAGCCUGGCUUUCUUCCUAUCCCCAGCACCUUCAGCCAAAACAGAGACAGUGAAAGCCCGAAGGAGGGUCAGGCAGUGAGGAAGAUCAGCAGAGGAUCCUUUACCCGCGGGAGUCUGGAUGACCUAAUGAGUAUUGACCCAGAAGCCUAUCAGAGCUCCAUGUGGCUGGGGACAGAGGAUGGCUGUAUUCAUGUGUAUCAGUCAUCAGACAACAUCCGGAAUCGCAAGAACAGUAUGAAAAUGCAACACUCGGCUGCCGUCAUGUGCAUUCUAUAUCUUGAUAACCAAGUAUUUGUGUCACUGGCAAACGGAGAGCUAAUAGUAUAUCAGAGAGAAGCAGGAAGUUUCUGGGACCCCCAGAACUCCAAAACCAUUUCUUUGGGUUCUCCUGGGAGUCCAGUAACAAAAAUGGUCUCCAUCUCUGGAAAACUGUGGUGCGGAUGUCAGAACAGGGUCACAAUAUUCAACACCACUUCGCUGAUCCAAGAGCACACGUUCCACAUUGGUCAGGAUCAGAAUCGCAGUGUUACCUGCAUGGUCAGCUCCUGUCUGGGCAUGUGGAUUGCUCUGCAGAGCAGUGCGCAAGUCCGUCUUUACCACGCCACUUCAUUUGAGCAGCUGGCAGAAGUCGACAUUGCACCCCCUGUGCAUAAGAUGCUAGCAGGCUCAGAUGCGAUCAUCCGGCAGCACAAAUCCGCUUGCCUGCGAAUCACAGCUCUACUGGCCUGCAAGGACCUCCUAUGGAUUGGUACCAGCGCAGGGGUUGUCCUUACCCUACCAAUAACCACUAGUACUAAUUCCCUGAAAGUGCCGCUCAUCCCAGUGGGACUGUCACAGGGGCACACGGGGCAUGUGCGCUUUCUCACAUCUGUUGAAUUACCAGAUGGUUUUGAUAUUACCUUCCCAUUACCAGAAGACCAGGGAAAUAACCAAUCAUCUGAUGUGGAGAACAGAGAUCCUACAAGAUAUCGACCUUCUCCCAUAAAUCAGUCCAAAACCAAAAUCUUGGUCAUCAGUGGAGGAGACGGGUAUGAAGACUUCAGACUCACCAGCAGCAGCGAAACUGUGGGUAGGGAUGACAGCACCAACCACCUUCUACUCUGGAGGGUCUGAGGAUAAUCCGGUCUUUACGGACAUGAGUUACUGCUGUUCUUUAUUUUGUUUCUGGCUUGUCCUCUGACUCGUCCCGAAUAUUUAAUCUGCUUGCGCAAAUGUCCAUCCACAUUCUUGCUUGCUGUGAUGCAGCAUUUCGUGAAGAGGUUCCAUCUGUGCCUAGAAACAAUGGCCUUUUUAUGUCCAAUAAUUGGAUGUACCAGAAGAACAGAUAGAUGUAUAGUGUACAAAAAAAGAAAAUUAUGGAAAAAGCAUCAAUAUUUUCCAAAAUCCAUGCUAACCAACUAGUCUGUGCAUUUAAAGAUCAUCGCAUAUUUACAGCUGAAUUUAAAAUGUUCUGGGAGCAAUUAGGAACCAUCGUUGUCAAUCUUGGAUUACAAAUGUCCUUCAAAGUAUAUCCACUCCGGUAUCUUUGGAAUUAACCCUUGGUUGGUAGGUGGCGGUUGGAGGUUACUUCCAUCUGGUUCUGCCAUAUUUUCAAUUUGCAGCAUUUUAUGAAAAUAUGUCAGUUAUGACUCGUUACUGAAUACGAGGAACUCGGCAAACUGGAUGAUAAAUGGUUCGGCUUGUACACUUCUUUUUAUGUGGCUUAACAAAUUUUACUCAUGUGUUGCCAGCUCUUUUGGCUAUUUUUAUUUUUUAAAGAAAAGAUGUUAUUUAUUGUCAAGUGAAAA